UGAGUAGAGCGAGCAGUAGGCGCACUACGAGUGUGUGUGGGAGUGUGUGUUUGUUUGUGUCUGAGAGAGACAGAGAAGGAGAGACCCACUGGAUAACCACUGUGUUGUGACUCCAACAGUAGUAACACAGAAGAAGAGCAGCAGAGUGUAUGCUCAGAGUGUACGCUCAGAGGAGUUGGAGGAAAAGUCCAGAGAGGAGGGAGUGAGUGUUGGAAAGAAGUCCCUUCACCUCUCUCCAGAGAGCAGGAGGUAAAGCGUCGGUAAGCAAAUAUUAAUGAUCUGACAAAGGAGCACACUCCAUCCCCGUGUCCGUGCUGAUCAGACAGCCUUUACCCUGGAGCCGCGCAACAGACGAGCUGGGAUACAUACACACGUGCGAGUGGAGUCCCCCGUCACUUCUCUCCACUCACUCAUGAUCAUCACUCCUGCCACACACCGACACAAAGGCCACGCUGACAUAGCCAGAAGAGUGGGGCAGAGAAAAGGACACUUGCCCUGUUGCAAGACUUUGUCCAAGUGAAAGUCAUUCCUGGAUUUUAACCCUGAAACUAGAGUCUUCCUUUUGUGCUGACCUUUCCAAGCAUCCCCCCUUUACCCCACCGCCUCUGAGGAGCAAAGAUGAGCUGCAGGAAAAGAUGCAAGCGUGAGAUCUUCAAGUUCGCACAGUACCUGUUCAGACUCAUCACAGGCACGCUCAACACCGACAGCGUCGAAGAUGAGCUGGAACUAUCGGCAGUCCGCCAUCGCCCAGAAGGCCUGGAACAACUCGAAGCCCAGACGCGUUUCUCGCGAAAGGAGCUACAGAUUCUUUACCGCGGCUUCAAGAAUGAAUGUCCCAGCGGGGUCGUCAACGAAGACACUUUUAAAGACAUCUACUCACAGUUCUUCCCGCAAGGAGAUGCUUCGACAUACGCACACUUCCUGUUCAAUGCUUUUGACACGGAUCACAAUGGCUCUGUGAGUUUUGAGGAUUUUGUUAUGGGUCUCUCUAUCCUCCUGCGUGGCACAGUCCAGGAAAAACUCAACUGGGCCUUCAACCUUUAUGAUAUCAAUAAAGACGGAUAUAUCACUAAAGAGGAAAUGCUGGACAUCAUGAAGGCCAUCUACGACAUGAUGGGAAAAUGCACAUACCCCGUCCUCAAAGAGGAGACGCCCCGUCAGCACGUAGAAGUAUUCUUUCAGAAGAUGGAUAAGAACAAAGACGGCGUGGUAACCAUAGACGAGUUCAUCGACUGUUGCCAAAACGAUGAAAACAUCAUGCGAUCGAUGCACCUCUUUGAAAACGUUCUUUAAUUUUGGGCUGGCUGUGGAGGAUUUGGAAGAGACCAUCAUCUUUAGCUUGGCCCAGUUACUGACUUGGACUCAUACUGUGUACAGUGUGCUAUGCAGACUUUUUGACCAUAGAUAAAAUUAUUCUUCAUUACAGAGGGCCUCAGUUAUGAGUAGGCAGUAUAGCCGUGGACACUCUGGAGCUGGUUGCCGCUUUCUUUUAAACAAAUUCGGGAAACUUCUAAGUGAAAUAGUGAAAAUGGAUUAAAAGGAGAUGCUUCAAAUGAAACCAUUAACUUUAAGGUUGAUUUCCGCCUUCUGUCUCUGGAGCGUCUUUGUGUUUGCCGAACUCAGAGUUCUGCCUAAGACGUCUAACGAAAGGCUUCAGACAGAUUUCGUCCUGUUUUAUUUACUGCCAAAUCAGAUCACUGUGACUUUCUACAGCAUUAGAAACACCCGAACAAAACAUCGGAUGUAACGUCACACUCCGUCUGCUUUUACAUUCCAGACCGGCUCCCAAUUCCAGAGUGUUCCCGCCCGAUUUAGUUAGCCAUCGUGGUCUGUCUUUCUGCUCUUUGAAGGAACUGUUUAGAGGGGGAAAAAAGAAAAAACAACACAUUUUACCAUUUUAAACUGUACAUACUAUAAAAAACAUUAUUAGAUAAGAACUCUAUGAGAAACUUUUGUUCUUGUUUACUUGCCAACUAGAAUGAGACAACACAAGGAUUGUAUUGAUGUCAAACUCGGACCAUAAUAUCGAUGGUUUGUCUACAGAAGCACACAGGUAGCUUUAUUUACCGUGAGUAUGAUGUUAUACAACCAUUUCUUUGUCAUAGGAGAAAUGCUGCUUUCAGUGGAAUUCAUUUAACCUCAUGUAUGUAUAUUUCCUGUAAAGUAAAAUCAUCCAUCAGUAUGUUUUUCUUUGGGUUUUAUGAGUUUACACUAGGAGCAGUGCUUGGGAUUAUUUAUAAGGUGUUCAGGUCAUUGUACAGUAUUACAUGAAAAGUCACCCUCGGGUGAUUUUCAGGUCUUUAGAUUUGUUCAUAUGAGUCACUGUUUUUAAUAAGAAAGGCCAGUGGGGUUUGGUUAUUGGUACAAACUUUGUAUUAUACUCAUUAGUUUGGGUUUUCUUGCUGUUUCCCUCCUCCUCCUCCUCCUCCAUCCUGUGGGAUGCAGCUGCCCACACCGAUUCAGCCUGAUUGGUUUGAUUGGCUCCCAAAUGUUAGCAAAAACUACUGGAUUAUUGAGAGAAGUGUCUCAAGUGUGUCUGAGUGUUUCUGUCUGACAUGCUCUCUCUUUUUUUCUUGCUCUUUUUCACAGAGACUUGGAUAUUAGACACAGGAAGUAGGCAGAAAUACGACUUAUACUUGAGAACUGUGGUUUAUGGUUAAUGUGCCGCAACAUUUAAUGGUUUAUCAUGUUUGUCCUUCGAAGUGUACAGUGUGUUUCUACGAUGUAUCACUGGGAGUCGCGAACAUAUGAACCUCCUCAGUGAGGCAUGUUAAUCAUCCAUAAUUUAGUAAAGAAAAUGACCCUUUUUUCUCAGCCCUGCUUCUUGUUAUUCAUGUAAAAGGAGAUAGUGUGUUUGGUUUUAGCUUGUUUAACUUGCUGUUUGUUAAACCGCUUGUUUGAGUGUGAUUUGUAUUUUAUUUGUAGAGACCUGAUGAUGAAAAGUAACUUUUAUCCACCACAGAAUACAAAAGAGCAACACGGUUGAUUUGGAAAGUUACAAACAGAUAAAAUAGUUUGCAGGCAAAACUUUUUUGAAUCCAUUCCAUCAAAAGCACAUCAUAUUUUAGAUCUAAAAGUACCAGGCCACCUACACAUUGCACCUACGGGAGCGGCUCAGCAAUGGAAACCCAAGCCAUGAAGCUCCCGGUGCACAGUUUCCGUGCUGAUGUUAACGCCAGAGGAGGUUUGGAGCUCUGCAGUUACUGAGCCCCGCUCUGCAACUUCACAAUCUGACGCUUCAUGGCUGAGCUGCUGUGUUUCCUAAACACUUCCACUUUCCAAUAAUCCCAUCGUGGAAUAUCUUGAAGGGAAGAAAUUUCAUGAACUGAUCUGUUGCUGCGGUGUCCUAUUAUAGUACCACCCUGAAAUUCGUUGAACUCAUUCGAACCAUUUGUUCACAAAUGUUUGUAAAGGCAGCCUGCGUGGCUCGGUUAUUGAUUUCAUACAUCAGUGGGACUGAAAACAGCUGAAAUAAAGAUUAAGAGGCGUGGCCCAAAUACUUUUGACCAUGUAGUGUGUGUUGUGCUUACUGGUUCUCACUGAAGAACAGAUACCUCAUGCCUCCUGGUGGUAGCAAGGCGGAAUUGCACAAGGCGAUUGACUUUAUUCUUUCUUGCCUGAAUGGCAUAAACUGGGAUAUAUAAUAAUAUUGUUGUUUAGAGUGUAUAGAGAAAAAAAGCGGAUGAAAAAAAAUGAAUUUUGUAUUUUGAAUCUUACUAAGUGUAGCUAAAAUGGAUACUGAAGUAGGAGGAUGAGCAUCAGUCGUGGUAAGUGCUACUAUCUCUUUCGCAACAAUGUUCUGGUUUAAAAAGAACGGCGGCAAUGAGGCGUAUGGAUGUGAAGUUUUCAUUUUAAUAUACGUCAGAGGGUGAUGUAAUAAAUUGCACUUGUAAACAAAACAUAAACGUUCACAAAGUUGAGCAACAUUUAAAGACAAUAGUUUACUUGGAUUUUUUAAAAAAAAAGGACAUUUAAGGUGAGAAAUGAAAUGCAUCUGGCACAAAUUUCCACAAAAACGAUCUUUCCAGUCAGAUUCCAGCCACUGCUUUCUACAUACUUAAAUUACCUGAGAUAAGUUUGCUUAUAAACCAUACAGAAUUAUAUUGUAUCAUACAGAGACGUGUAGAUUUUAUGAUGUUACAUAUAUCAAUGUAAAAGCAGGCAAAUGGAUAACAUUAAUUACA